AUGAGUGACUUUCAUCAAAAAAGCAGUAUGAAUGCUGGCUCAUCUUGGAAUCAAGAACAACAUUCAAAGACGUCUUCCGGGAAAAGGCAGAGUAGAUCCCAAGGACUCCAGGCCUCUUCCCACCUGGGAAGCAGCCUCCUUGGCAUCUCCCAGCCUGCAGCAGAUAAGCUCAUUCGAACCAUUUCCACUGAGGGAAGACAGGAUCAAGAGCGGACCGUGCUCAGCUCCAGGUGUCAGGCUGCCUCUGGAAGCAAGCUGUUCCUUGAAUUUCAGUCCAUGAAAAUCAUUAAGGAUGGCACUGACGAGGACAGUGCAAGUGACCUAUCCGACUCAGAGAGAGUGGCCAUUCCUCCUUCUCCAUUCACGCCCCCUGACCUCAACCUUCGAGCUGAAGAGAUAGAUCCAGUAUCCUUCAGUCUCUACCCAGACCCGAGGCUGGCAGAACCUGAACACUGCUACCCCGACUUUCUUCCACCCCCGUUCAGCUCCUGGGACCUCCAGGAUAUGGCUGUGGCCAUGAACACAGAGUGCAGGAGUGAGGCCCUGCCCCGGGCCACGGGGUUCCUCGGGAAGUACAUAGACAGACUUCUUCAGCUGGAAUGGCUGCAGGUCCAAACUGUGCAGUGUGAGAAGGCCCGAGCUGCCAAGGCAAGGCCCCCUGGGGCCUCUGGGAUGCUGAAAAGCCCCAGGAGAGGAAAACUCCUCACCAGUGUGCUGUCCAAGCCAUUAUUGUCCCCGGAAGGGAUUCCAAAGCCAGGCCCUUCUCGAAAGAAAGGUUUCCACCAUGAAGAAAUCCACCCAUCCUACUACACAUUUGAGACUUCACCUAGAUCUGUGGAUGGGCCUGGGCGCCCCAGGCUGUGUUCUCAGAAACAAGCCCCUGAGGUGAGAAUGGAAAAGAAGAAGAAAUCAAGUAAGGCCCCCAAGCUUCACCUCUGUGCUCCACCCUGCGCUGAGGGCAGCCCUGCCCUGGAAGCCAAUGGGAACAUCCGAAUUCCUACGAAGUCCGCAGUGCUGGACCCAAGAGACUCCUGUGGGGCCUCCAGAUCACAAGCUCACCUGGACCUGAAGAAAAAGGGAAAUGCAAACAACUAUGGUCUCACGUCUUCAUCCAGAGAGAAAAAACUCAAAACAAAUGGAGGAAAGCAAAGCAUGUAUAAGUUAAAGUGA